CGGUAACGGAGCCGCGGGGGCGGGCGGAGCGGAGCAGAGCGUGGAGGAGGCGGAGGUUCCGCGGAGCGGCGCUAGGGCCUGGCAGGCGCCCGUGGGGGGCAGAGACCGCGCUCGGGACGGGCGGGAGCGGGCCGAGUAGAGCCGAACCGAACCGGGCCGGGCCGGGUCAGGCCAGGCCAAGCCGAGGCGAGCCGAGGCCCCAGCACCGCCUCUCGGGGCGGGGGGGGGGAGAGGGAAGGAACGGUCCGAGCGCGGAACAGCCGUCGGCGGGAGGAGUGCGCGGCGGCCGGAAGAGCCGGCGGGAGCGGGCCCGGGCCGCGAUGGAACGGAAGAGUGCUUUUCCUUUGGGCCAAGCUUCCCCAGGAAGAGACAGGACUCUGAGUCACUUCAGCCCAAGUGGUAAGAAGUUCCGGAGCAAGCCACAGCUGGCACGUUACCUGGGCAGCUCCAUGGACCUGGGCACCUUUGAUUUCCGCACAGGAAAAAUGCUGAUGAAUAAAAUGAACAAGAACAGGCAGAGGAUGCGCUAUGACUGUUCCAACCAAGCCAAAGGCAAGCCUGAUUUGAACACAGCCCUGCCUGUCAGACAGACUGCCUCCAUCUUCAAACAGCCUGUCACAAAGAUCACAAACCAUCCCAGCAAUAAGGUGAAGAGUGAUCCUCAGAAAGCUGUGGACCAGCCCCGGCAGCUCUUCUGGGAGAAGAAAUUAAGUGGACUGAAUGCUUUUGACAUUGCAGAGGAGCUGGUGAAAACAAUGGACCUGCCAAAAGGUUUACAAGGGGUUGGACCUGGUUGCACUGAUGAAACCCUCCUCUCUGCCAUAGCUAGUGCUCUGCACACCAGCACUAUGCCCAUCACUGGGCAGCUGUCUGCAGCUGUAGAGAAGAAUCCUGGAGUCUGGCUAAACACCUCACAGCCCCUUUGCAAAGCAUUUAUGGUGACAGAUGAAGAUAUUAGGAAACAAGAGGAACUGGUGCAGCAAGUGCGAAAGAGGCUGGAGGAAGCCCUGAUGGCUGACAUGCUUGCCCAUGUAGAAGAAAUAGCAAGAGAUGGAGAAGCUCCUUCAGAGAAAGAAGGAGGUGAGGAAGAAGGAGAAGAGGAAGAGGAGGAGGAGGAGCAGGACCAUGACCAGGAGAUGGAGAAUGUAUAGUCCAGGGAGUUCCAUCUAAGAAUUCCCAGUAUAAACCCUAUCAGCAGGGUCAGCACAACUAUUUACAAAGCCAAGAGUGUCUGCCGAGUACAUUGCACCACCAACCCAACUGUACCAAGGAGCAUUUUGAUGUCCACAUCAGGAGAUGUUGAGAAGCUGAUGGCUCAGUAAUUGCUGGGUAGUUUUGAAGAUGGAACUUGACUAAACUCUACUCCCCCUCCUUUUUCUAAAGGGGUAGGGUAAUUGGGAAUGCAAAAGCGGGAGGGAAUAAAGGAAUAUAAAAUGGUGGGAGGUAAAAUACUAGGAACCAAAUUUUCUGUUUUUUAUUAUUUUAAUUUUUUUGGUUGGUCAGUCAGUGAUAGGUGAUAAAUUUUUAAGCUUUUCUAUCAAAGUACCUUUAACGAGGACCCAUAGAAACCAUUUUCUCUCUAACACAAGUGAGAGGAGAUGCUGUUUCACUCCUUGGCUACUCUGCUGUAGGCUACCUGUUUGACUGUAGGGAGGUCAUUUUAUGUUGUGGAUUGUCAUUCCAUGUGUCAAUUCAGAUCACUGAACUUCCUUUUCCUCACAAGACCAUAUUGGUCUUGGAAGUGUAGUCUUGGAGAUGACCUGCCAGUGCCUCUUCCACCCGAGGUUUUGUUUAGUAGGGGAAGAUACACUUGAGGAAUUGGUCUUACAUCAAUGGCAAUUGUUUUUAUAGUUGGCUCCAGCAGCACACUGAAUGCGUUCCUGUGCCCGUUUUUGAUACGGAGUUGUGUGUACAUCCUGGCAUAGCUGCAUGGAGUUUUGGAGAUGGAUAUACCCACUCUGAGGUGUAUUUUGCUUUGGUUUAAGUCCAGUCAGAAGGAACUUCUCAACUUGGAAGGGGAGGAUGACUGACAGUGAGGAAAACAUCCUCCUUUCUUUUCUGGUGCCAAGAACCCCGACCUCCGUUUCUGUGUGUGUGGAGGGAAGGGGAAUCCAUUUCAAUAGGUGUGUCUACACAUCUGCUUUCGUGUGCAGUAAUGUUCUGACCUCUUUUAAAACAAGAAAGGAAAAAGAUUGAUUUUUCUAUAAUUGAUAUCUGAAAACGAAUUUAAAGCUUUUUAUUAAGUAUUAAAUCUUUCUUAUUUGCAUGUGCAGUGAAGUGACCAGCAUUUUGUGUCCAAAAAUGAAAUUAUGUGAAACCUGCCUUAAUGUGUUUAUAAGUAUUUGGCUUCACCAUGGGUACCUUGAUUGAUUCCUCAGUCUCUUUUAGUACAUCUGUGAGCAUAUUGGGGUAACUUGCGUCUAAAAAUGGAUUUAUCUGGGGAGGGAGGAUAGGGAGAGGGGACAAAGAUGAGAGUUUAUAGCUCGGAGAAUGCGUUGAUUAGUUACAAAAGUUAUUUUAGUCUUGGAGUAUCCAUUGCAUAGUUCAUGCAUGGACAUGUCAGCUGACAGAAUGGUAUAAAGUGGUGGGUUAAAUGUUGUGCCACUAAACAAUUGUACAAGUUGUUGGUAUCCCCAAACUUGGGGAAGAAAGUAGCUCCCAGAGCCUUUAUCAUGUAAGAAUGAUUAGCAGUGAUAGCAAGGGACCAGGGGAAUUGCCUGGAAAGUAAUAACUUCUGGGAGUAGUUCAGCUUAGUGAUUGGAAUACGUUUAAGCUCCUUGAAAAAUAUCCCAUGCCAAAGUGAUUGCUGUUGUACUAACGUUUUUCGUAAAGAUUUGAAAAUACAAAAUUCUUUGAUACUGCUCAUUUGGAGUACUGCAAGAAGACUGAAUUGUACUUCUUUGCUGCUCUACCAGGUAUUAUUGCUUUGGGAAACUUUACCUGGUACUGCAGGCAGUGAAAAUUAUUUUCCUUUUUGAACAGUCUGUUACGAUUAUUAUUCUGUAAAUCUCUCCUCUUGUAAUUCAUUGUGUUGAAUUAAAUGUUUCUCACAAAGUAGAGCUUCUUCUAGUCUGCAUCAAGCCCCGACCUGUAGGGUUUGUGCUCUGCCCCUUUCAGUCAUUUCAGCAGAGAUGCUCUUGCAUUUUUCUUGUGAGCUCUGUACUGAGAUUUGGAUCUUCAUAUUUGGGGACCUGGCAGAGGAGAAUAAAAAGUGAAACUUGUGGAAAGUCAGUUGGACCUUGCUGCAGAAUCUUCCUGUGUCCUCACCCAUUAAAAGGCUGCCAGGAUGUCCUGUCUAAUGGGCAAGUGGCUGAUACGGUCCUUUGAAUCUCACCUCUUAGCAGUUUAUAAGUGAGGCUAGAGGUGGUGUUCUGACCAUGGCAGUCUUGUUCUGACACUAUUUCCUUCUUUAAACUUGUUUAGUAUCUAGUAAUGUCUUUAUUUACUUUUAUUUGAAUCUAAAUGUAUUGUAAACAUAUGUAACACCCAAACUUAGAUGAUUGAGAUAUUGAUACUACUAUUUUGAUGCAUUGAACAUCGAGUUUAAAUUGGUGCCAACUUGUGUGCCAGCCCUUGUUUUCCCCACUCUACUUCUCCUGUCUAGCUCUCUUUAUUUCCUUCAGUCCUUUAAAAAGUUUAUUAAUGUUUUCAUUCAUAUGGAGGAGUUGAUUGUUCGAAGUACCCAAAAGGGGCCCAGGACUCCUAUCACAUCCAAAGAAACCUAAAUAACUUUACCUGCUUAUCGAGACAGGUAAGUAAAUAAAAUACUCCUUUCGAAUGA